UCUCUCCCGUUUCUCUCUCCUAAACAUUCGUCGGCCGGACUAAUUCAUGAACAGUUCCGGCGCCGACGAAUACUCGCCGUCGACGGCAACUAAGAAAGAGGAAAUGGGUACAACUUUAUUCGGAAAAUACAAGCUCGACAAAAUUCUCGGUUACGGCGCAUUCGCAAAAGUAUACCACGCACGUGAUAUAAAAACCGGUCAGAGUGUUGCAAUCAAAGUCAUCAACAAAACGAAAUCAUUAAAAACCGGGUUCAUACCAAACGCCGUUAUCAAACGCGAAAUUUCUAUCAUGCGCCGUUUAAACCAUCCUCAUAUCGUACGCCUCUUCGAAGUUCUAGCGACCACCACAAAAAUAUACUUCGUAAUGGAAUACGCACAAGGUGGUGAACUUUUUUCCAAAUUAACCAAAGGCCGGUUCAGUGAAGAUCUCAGCCGUCGAUAUUUUCAACAGUUAAUCACAGCCGUUAGAUUCUAUCAUUCACGUGGUGUCUAUCACCGUGAUCUUAAACCGGAGAAUCUUUUACUUGAUGAGAAUUGGAAUCUUAAAGUAACGGAUUUUGGGUUAAGCGCCGUUAAAGAAGAGAUUAAAUCUGACGGACUUUUACAUACUUUAUGUGGGACACCUGCUUACGUGGCACCGGAGAUUUUGUCUAAAAAAGGUUAUGAUGGUGCUAAGGCUGAUGUUUGGUCUUGUGGAGUUAUACUUUUUGUACUUAACGCCGGUUAUUUGCCGUUUAAUGACCGGAAUUUAAUGAAUAUGUACCGGAAAAUUUAUAAUGGGGAAUUUAAGUGUCCUAGAUGGAUGUCUUCGGAGAUGAAAAGGUUCUUGUCUAGGGUUCUUGACCCGAAUCCGGUAUCGAGGAUAACCGUCGAUGAGAUUAUGAACGAUCCUUGGUUCAAGAUUGGCUACAACGAAGUUAAAUCUAUAUCCGAGGAGGAAUUUGACAUCCAUGGUGAGGAUGAUAUUCCAUACCUAAAUGCUUUUAACCUAAUCUCAUUUUCUUCGGGAGUAGACAUCUCUGGCUUAUUAAACCAACCGGAGACAGUUUCGAGCGAGCGAUUCGUAUCAGCGGAGGCGACAGAGGUUAUCUUGGCGAGAAUUGUGGAGGUGGCUGAGGUGGAGAAGCUUAUUGUUACAAAGAAGGAAUGGGGUGUGAAAUUGAAGGGAGAAAAUAGUAAUUUUGUGGUGGCAUUGGAAGUUCAUAUAUUAACGAAGGAAUUGGUUGUUGUCGAAGUUAAGAGAAGACAAAGUAUCGAUGAAUGUUGUAGUCAAAAGAUAUGGAAGGAUAAAAUCAGGCCCGAGUUAUUGAAACUUGUUUAUCUAUCGGAAGGGUCGAAGAAGAUCAUUUGCUAACUAUUAGUAUUUUACAAAAAAUUGUUAUGGGAAUUGAUUUAUUAAUUUAUUUCAUAUAUUAGAAAAUUGAAAAUGAGGACUUGUAAAUUGUAAAGUGGUCUCUUAAUAAUAUGAUAAUAAGAACAAAUAACUUUUGAAGAAAUUUGCACUCUUAUCAUUUUUCUCUAAGAAU